AUCUCCUCUUUUGAUUCGAAACCCUUAUAAAAGCAGAGAUUAUUUAAUGUAAGAGAGGCACUCUCUCUCUCUCUCUCUAGAACUUCGAGUUUGUGGUCCGAUAACGAUGGCUAUGUAUUACAAUGAUCAUCUCGCAGCUGCGGAGAAGGAUAGAAGCUCGAGUAAUUUCUGUAACUUGGUGGAUGCUUCGGUUAUGUUAUACGAUGAAAAACACCGUAAACAUCUUCCAAAGAAAGUAAAAUCCAGAUGCCACGCGAAGAAGAAGAAGAAACAAGAAAAAGAGAGUGACAAGAGAUUCUUCCAUCUCUUCCCUAAGAAAAGAAGAACCUCGGUUGUUACUGUAAGAAACCCUGAACAAAACCAACAAAACCUUGAUAGGGUUUCUACUUCUUCAUCGCUCCUCGACCUUAGCAUGAUCCCUGAUGAUUCUUCUGACCCACGUAACCCACUUCCAGGGCUUUCUUCUUCAUCAUCAUCGUUUUUGGGAGAUUACAAGACCGCGGCUGAUUCCAAGAGGAUAACCCCACAAAACCCUCCUUCUUCUUCAACUUUACUUGUGGAGUACAACACGGAGAUGACAAACCCACCAAACCCUAAAUCUGAGACAAACCGUAGUGGCAGUAAAUCCAAGAAAGCAAAGGUUGCUCCUUAUUCAUGGAUAGGGAAGGAGGCACCGGAGUGGCUGGUCAAGAUGAUGGGAACAAUGCAGGGAAGCGAAGGCCCGAGGCUCAUCUAUCAGAAGACUCUGACCGAAACAGAUAUCAAACCAGGUCAGAGCCGUCUCUUAAUGCCUUUCAACACCCUAAUUCGUAACGACUUCUUGACGCCUGUUGAGUCGAGAAUCCUACUAGAAGAAGAUGACACCAAGGGAGUUGGAGCGACUCUAGUGGAUCCUUGGGAGGUAAAGUGGGGUGUGAUUUUGAAGAAACGGAAGAUGAAGAAAAAUUCAGGGAAAGUAACCUUGAAUUACGCUAUUAUCUGCGGGUGGAACGAGAUCGUUGAGGCUAACGUAUUGGAAGAAGGCGAUGACAUCAGUAUUUGGUCUUUCAGGCGGGGUAGAAAUGGAAUCCUUUGCUUUGCCCUUGUUCUUCCUCCUCCUCCGAACAUGGCAUAGAGUAUCUGUUCCCUUGCUUUCUGCCUAUGCAAGUUUCUUGAUUGAUUUAUUCGUACGGUGAUUGUGGUUUUUUGGUCUAGUUUUUCUUUUCUUUUUUGGUUAUUAGGUUUUUGGUCUAGUUACAAUUAGGGUUUUAGUAGGAGUGUGAUCUGUUGUUUCAGAUCUUUACUAUGGUAUGAAAUUAACAUUUUGACAUUAA